UCCCUCUUCAAGAUUCAGAACUUGCACAAAAACCAUAAAUCUUCAGUUUACUCCUAAAUGUAUAUAUUUAGGUUUCUUUUUUCCUGUGGCAAGGCAUAAUUUCUGGGCUGCUGCACAGAUUCUGGCUUUAUUUGGUUCCUAUAUUGCAGCCUGACACUAGAGGGGGAAAGAACCAAACCAGUAGGAAUAAUUGUAGUAUAGAAAUAAGCACACUUUGAUGAUGUUAGUGACUCAAUUUGCAAAACCUUAGAAAAUUAAGAUCCCAGAAGUAAGUCUGAGUGGACAUUUUUUCUUAUGGCACAAUUUAUACUGCCAAGUUUGUCAGCUGGCAUGCUUUGUUGAUCUGAACUGAAAGAACAGAAGGGUACAAAAAACUGAUUAUGCGCUGUAUUUGUUCAUUUAUAUCUUAUUGUUCCGUAUUCUUAAUUUUGAAAUGUCCUGCAACUGAGAAAAUUUGUCCCAGCCCAGCUGAUCACAAUUCCAUGGUUUGCAUCCAUCUCAGAAAACUAGCAAGCUGGCAUUCAUAGGUCCGAUCAACAGCAACACAACAGCUGGAUCUCCCACCACAGACAGUCCUGCCAGUGCAAUACCCCAGGCUUGUCUACCCAAAUCACUGCAUUGGGAAGAGAAUAACAAGCUGUACCUUUUAGUUAUGGAAGUCAGACACACGACUGAUGUUCUUGUUAGAUCCUGUGUGGGUAAACGUCAUCCUUAGCACAGAAUAAGAGAAGCCCUUCCAUCCAUGAUAAUAAGCUGGGUGUCUCAGCUGAUUCAGAUCAGUUUGCUUUAUAAUGUUGUUGCAGUACUUAGUAAUAUCAAAGCUACUAUAACUUCCAUCUCCCAAAUAUUUGCUUUUUCAGCUGAAAAAACCACCAGACCACCAAGGCUCUGAGUCCUUGCACACUGCACUUCCCUAUUGAAAUCUUUCUGUUCUCCUACUCACACUGACAGAACAGUCCCAGACUGUCCAGGAUGGUCUCCUGGGAAUUAUCCACAAUAGUUUUUACUUUUCAGAAUGGUAAGUGGGCUUUUGCUGCUGGUCAGUCAUCCUCCUCUGAAUAAUGGCUGUCCCCAGUACAAAUGGCAAGUCCAGGGAUUUUCCCAGACACAGAUAUGAAUGAAAUAAUUUUUCAGUCUUGUUCUGUGAGCACUAUUUCUUGUUUGAAGAUAGAUGUAAAACCAUAUGAAUGCCAAGCAAAGUAGGGAUAUCUAUAUUCAGAACUGCCUUUGGGAGUAUAAGGGAGUAUGAUAACGAAAUUGCAGCCCUAGCCACCUGGCCAUCUUCGUGUGUGUGUGUGUGUGUGUGUGUGUUUGUUUUCUUUCAGAAGCAGUGUGACACAGGUGACACUCGCCAUAAAGCUCUUCCUACAGAAAAAAAAUGCAAGCCCAGCUCAUUUCUAGCACAUGAUAAUUAUUAAGGCUCCCAUGAGUGAAACACUGAUACUUUUUUAGCUAAUGAUUAACCUUAAGCCCUCCUUCCCCCUUAAGUAUUUGGAUUAAAAGCGCAAUACAGAGACUGAAGGCAGUAGGCAUGAGUCGUUUGUUCUCUAACUCUGUGGACUAAAGGGUGGAGUCAUCUGACAGGGUUCAGGAGCAAUAGGCCAGGCAGUGAGGGGAUUGAUCCUAUUAGGACUAGAAAAGAAAGUGAUUCUGUUGUGUGACCAAGUUGAAUUCAGGAUGUUUAUAAGCUUCACCAUGCUGGUCUUACUGGUGCCAGCAAUGUUUGUAUGGUACAGACAGCAGCUAUUGACUUUUCCAUUUAUUCAGCUCCAUACUCUUCUUUCUUCUGGAGAGUCUGCGGUAAUUAGAGAGUUUAGAACAUUUUGUUGUACAGAAGCCUAGUGUUUCGAGUAGGUUUUACUUGUCAAGACUUUAAGAGUCUAUCUGUGGCUCUAUAUUCAUAUGACCUGGGGUAAGUCAUAUAAGCACAGUUUUGAUUCAGCUUCCCAGACGGGAAACCAAUACCAACCUCAGAGGGCUUUAUUCAUUUGAGAUCUUUGGAUAAAAGCUAAUAGAAGAAAAACACUAUGAUUCACACUCUUAUUCAGCUAUAAAUGUUCACCCUUUAUUUUUGAUAGAGAACCGAUAUGGAGGGAUAGAAUUUCUCUGUUAGUCUCGUUUUGUAAGCCCUGAUACCCUGUUUUAUUGAAAAACUCACCAGGGCAGUAGCUGGCAACAUGGGUGUGUGAUUCCUGGGUGUUUUGGGUAGGUAACAUCUUGGAAAAGUAACCUACGAAGUACUGACCAGGGACUGGCAAGGGCAGAUCAGCAGCAUGCCCCUCCUCACCAUGCACAGCCAGCAGAUCAGCUGGACUCCACUGCUGGUACUGGGGUACCUCUUUUACCUCCUUCUGGGUGCUAUGGUGUUCCAGCUGCUGGAGAAGCAGGCAGAAACACAUUUUCGGGACCAGUUCCAGCUGGAAAAGCUCAAGUUCCUGCAGAAUUACACGUGUUUGGACAGACAAGCCCUGGAGCAGUUUGUACAGGUCCUCAUGGAAGCAUGGGAAAAGGGAGUCAACCCAGAAGGAAACUCUACAAAUCCCAGUAACUGGGAUUUCAGCAACUCCUUCUUUUUUGCAGGAACUGUUGUCACCACUAUAGGUUAUGGUAAUCUGUCCCCCAGCACAGUGGCAGGGCAGAUCUUCUGUGUGUUUUAUGCCUUGUUUGGAGUGCCCCUCAACUUGGCCUUCCUUAAUCAGCUGGGGAAAGCUCUCAAUGCUCAUCUGCUUACCCUGGAAAGAUGGGUGCAAAAGCCAGGGCGUGCUCAGGUGGUUCAAACACUGGCAGUGGCCAUCUUCCUGACCACUGGGACCUUGCUUUUCCUGGUAUUCCCACCAUUAGUCUUCAGUUAUGUAGAAGGCUGGAGCUAUGGAGAAGGCUUUUACUUCACCUUCAUCACCCUGAGCACCAUUGGAUUUGGGGACUAUGUAGUAGGCACGAACCCCAACAAGCACUAUAUCCCUGUGUACAGGAGCCUAACUGCAAUAUGGAUUGUUUUUGGCUUGGCCUGGCUGGCUCUGGUCUUCAACGUGGGAGCUGACUUGAUGGAAAGAUACCUUCAGCUAAAGUGGCACAAGUCUGACUCAAGUUUGGCAGAAGGAGACACCACCAAGUUGGAAGAUGAACCUGAGCAGCCUAGAAUCCAUAUCCCUAGCUGAGUAAGGGUAUCAUCCAAGCCUACAAGAGUGGCAUAACCCUCCAGGGAAACACCACUAGCCUGGGCAGGUGGGACUACAGUGGGUCUUUCUU